UGGUAGUAGGGCGUAAGUUACUGGAACUCUGAGGAUGUAGGCAUUCCUUGCAAUAGUAAUCGCUGCAAGAUCCUUUUGACCACAUGUUGCCGACAAUAUUGUGACUUGAUGUACUGUCAAAGGGAGAUUCAACUUGAUCCCUUAUCUACAGAGGAAGCUUGGUUUUUGUUCAUGAAACAUUCCGUCAUUCAUGAAAAUAAUGAGUACUCCUCAUCUGACUUAUCGAAUGUGGCACGUGAUAUUGCUUUUGAAUGUGAAGGGUUACCUAGAACAAUUAUAGAUGUGGGAUCUACCUUAAGAAAUAAACCAAUUGUGGAAUGGAAAACAACACUAGAUAGUCUGAAACAUUCAAUGGCCAAAUGGCAAAUUUUCCUUAGUUUUAUAGGAGAAGAUACGCACUACUCUUUUACAGGUUUUCUUUAUCAAGUUUUAUGUCAAGGGGGAUUCAAGACCUUUAUGGAUGAUGGAGGACUGCAAACUGGAGACCAAAUUUCACCCUCUCUUCUAAAUGCAAUUGAAGCAUCAAGGCUUUCCAUUAUUGUUUUAUCCGAAAACUAUGUAAAUUCCUCGUGGUGUCUUGAAGAACUUGUCAAGAUUCUUGAGUGUAUGAAAUUGAAGAAUCAAUUAGUUUGGCCAAUCUUUUACAAAGUGGAGCCAUCAGACAUAAGGCAUCUAAGAAAACAUUAUGGCAAAGACAUGGCACAUCAUGAAAAUAAUUUUGGAAUUAACUCAGAGAGAGUACAAAAAUGGAAGUCAGCUUUAUUUGAAGUGUCUAAUUUAUCUGAAAAAACUUAUACAAUCGGGUACGAAUAUGAAUUUAUUCAAAAGAUCGUGGAAGAUGCCAAUCGUAUUAAAAGUCGUUUGCAAAUACGAAGCAUAUAG